AUGAGGAUAAGUGACGGUGACGGGCAAAAUUCAACAAAUCAUUCGGCACUCACGCCAGAAUCUAAAACAUCGCCGGUGGUUGGAAUUGGCCUUGAUUCUUGUGUUCUUCCAUUACGCCAUGGAGGACUUUUUCUCGUACAAUCCACAGAUUUUUUUUAUCCACUUGUUGAUGAUCCAUAUGUGAUGGGAAAAAUUGCAUGUGCUAAUGUAUUAAGUGAUAUUUAUGCAAUGGGUGUUAUUGAUGUAGAUAAUAUGUUAAUGUUAUUAAGUACAAGUAAUAAAAUGACUGAAAAAGAACGUGAUACAAUUAUGCCAUUGAUUCUUGAGGGAUUUAAAGAUUGUGCUCAAGAAGCAGGUACAUCCGUCCAAGGUGGUCAAACUGUUGUUAACCCAUGGUUAAUUGUCGGUGGUGUUGCCACUUCUGUAUGUAUGCAAAAUGAAAUAAUCAUUCCAGAGAAUGCAGUUGUCGGUGAUGUAUUAGUAUUAACAAAGCCAUUAGGAACACAAGUUGCUGUUAAUGCUCAUCAAUGGAUUGAAAAUCCAGAUCGUUGGAAUCGUAUUAAAUCUGUAGUUACUGAAGAUGAUGUUCGAAAAGCAUAUCAACGUGCUAUGAACUCGAUGGCUCGAUUAAAUAAAAUUGGUGGAAUACUUAUGCAUAAAUAUAAUGCUCAUGCAUGUACGGAUGUAACUGGUUUUGGUCUAUUGGGUCAUGCUGAAAAUUUAGUUAAAUAUCAAAAAAAUGAAGUGUCAUUUGUUAUACAUAAUUUACCAAUUAUAGCUAAAAUGGCAACAAUAAGUAAAACUCUUAAUAAUGGAUUUGGUUUGUUACAAGGUAAAAGUGCUGAAACAUCAGGUGGUUUACUUGUUGUUUUACCACAUGACCAAGCAGCUGCUUAUUGUAAAGAUAUUCAAGAACAAGAAGGUUAUCAAGCAUGGAUUAUUGGUGUAGUUGAAAAAGGUGAUCGAACAGCAAAAAUUAUUGAUAAACCAAGAAUAAUUGAAGUACCAGAAAAAGAUACCGACGGUGAAUUAUGGUAA